AUGGUUCUCAAAUCUACAUCAGCUGGAAAUGUAUCAAUAUAUCAAGUAUCUGGGUCAAAUGUAUCACGAUCUUUGCCAGAUUGGAUAGCGAAAAAACGUAAAAAAGCAUUAAAACAAGAUAUAGAUUAUUCAAAUCGUAUUGAAUUAAUACAAGAUUUUGAAUUUAGUGAAGCGUCAAAUAAAAUAAAAGUAACACCAGAUGGUCAAUAUUGUAUGGCUACUGGAACUUAUAAACCACAAAUUCAUGUGUAUGAUUUUGCAAAUUUAUCAUUAAAAUUUGAACGUCAUACUGAUUGUGAAAAUGUUGAUUUUAUAAUUUUAAGUCAAGAUUGGACUAAAUCGGUACAUUUACAAGUAGAUAGAAGUAUAGAAUUUCAAACUAAAGGUGGAAUAUAUUAUAAAACUAGAAUACCGAAAUUUGGGAGAAGUUUAUGUUAUAAUGAAGUUAAUUGUGAUUUAAUGAUUGGAGCAUCAGGAAAUGAAAUUUAUAGAUUAAAUUUAGAACAAGGUAGAUUUUUAAAUCCUUUACAUUUAGAUACUGAUUUAGGAGUUAAUUCAGUAACUAUAAAUAAAGUACAUGGAUUAAUAUCAGCAGGAUUAGAAGAUGGAACAGUUGAAUUUUGGGAUCCAAGAUCAAAAUCAAGAGCUGGGAAAUUAUUUAUUGACGAACAAUUAAAUGAACCUGGUAUACAAGUAUCAUCUGUUAGUUUUCGACAAGAUGGUUUAAAUUUUGCAUGUGGUACAUCUAAUGGUAAAACUUUAUUAUAUGAUCUACGUACAAAUCAACCAUCAAUAGUUAAAGAUCAAGGAUAUGGAUUUGAAAUAAAAAAUAUAGUAUGGUUAGAAAAUACAUUAAAAUCGGAUACACUACUAACGAGUGAUAAACGUAUAUGCAAAAUUUGGGAUAGAAAUACUGGAAAACCUUUUGCAUCAAUGGAACCAACAGUUGAUAUUAAUGAUGUAUGUCAUGUACAAAGUUCAGGUAUGUUUUUUAUGGCAAAUGAAGGAAUGCCAAUGCAUACUUAUUAUAUACCGAAUUUAGGACCAGCACCAUCAUGGUGUUCAUUCUUAGAUAAUGUAACAGAAGAAUUAGAAGAAAAACCAUCAGAUACAAUAUAUUCAAAUUAUAGAUUUAUAACAAAAGAAGAUGUUAAAAAAUUAAAUUUAAGUCAUUUAAUAGGAUCAAAAGUUUUACGUUCUUAUAUGCAUGGUUUUUUUAUUGAUACUGAAUUAUAUGAAAAAGUUAAUUUAAUUGCAAAUCCAAAUUCAUUACGUGAUCAAAGAGAAAGAGAUAUUAGAAAGAAAAUUGAAAAAGAAAGAGAAUCAAGAAUUAGAAGCACUGGUGCUAUAUCAAAUACUAAAAUUAAAGUUAAUAAAGAUUUAGCUACUAGAUUACAAGAUAAAGUUGGAGGAGAUAUUGCAGAAAGUGUUAUUAAUGAUGAUAGAUUUAAAGAAAUGUUUGAAAAUCCAGAUUUCCAAGUUGAUGAAGAAUCUCAUGAAUAUAAACAAUUGAAUCCUGUAAAAGCUGUUGAAAAAGAUAUAACUAGAUCAUUAACAGCUGCAGAAGAAUCAGAAGAAGAUAGAGCAAAUGGAGUAGAUUCAAACUCUGAAAGUGAAGAAGAAGAAGAAAGUGAAUCUGAAGAUGAAGAAAUUACAAAAGCCAACAAGGCUAAAUUAGAUAAAGAAUUAGCAAAAUUACGUCAAAAGAAAGAAGAUGAUAAAAGAUUUAAAAAUCAAAUGAAAAUAUUAGCAAAAGAAAGCCCCAAACAAUCUGAACAAGCUAAACAGUCAUUUGAAUCACAAAUUAAAAAGAAUUCAAAUAAAAUUUCAAAACCAAAACGUGAUGAUUCAAGAUUACAAAGACAUGCAAGAGGUGAAGCAGAAUUAACUUUUGUUCCUAAAAAGAAAGAAAAGAGAUAUAAACCCAGGAAUGAUGAUGAUGAAGGUGGUGAUGUCGAUAAGGGAAGAACAAAACAAAGAUUUGAUGGUCGUAGAAUUGCAUCUAGAAAUCAAUUUAGAGGUAUGUAG